UCAGCUCUCAUUGGCUGUCUGAGAUAAUCGGUCAACAAGAGCAGGAGGGACACAGAAGGCGCAGGACAGCAUGUUUACAGCCACUUACAGUCAUAAUUAGCUCUAAACGAUUGACUCGCCUUGUUUGAUUUUGUGUCGGAUCCACGAAGCUCGUUUCGGGGUCGUCGACGACAAUGUUUCUGCGUGGUGCGGCUCGGCGGUCUGCAGCGGCUCUGGAUCAAGCUUUUAAGUUACCGGGCGCAUUUCUACUGCAAGUCAAAGCAAACAGACUGACAGACGUCACUUUGACAUUACGCAAGGGCCACACUUUACAGAGAUACCGGUUUCUCCAUGUGAAUUCAACGCUUGCGCACCUGGGGAAGCAACAACCGGGCCCGGUGCAGACCUGGGACCCGUCCUCUGGUUUCAUAAUCACGGACUGGAGGAACUUGGACCGAGCGGCGAAUCUCUCCAGAAGUCUGCAAAGUGAAGGCGCUCAUGCAGAUAUCAUCAGGCUGCCGCUCAUUCAUGCAAACAGGCGCCACAGUAACGUUUCGUUCACAGGUAACUGGAGGGUUUUUAGUCCACGCUGCUCCACCGGGACCAUGACACAGAGCAGAGCUUCAUCCACGGACGCGAAGAAGCGCGACGCCGCAGAGGAACAGACGGCUGACAGCAACAACAAAAGGGACGAGCAGAAUUUAAAGGAGGCCUCUACCACCGCUUCCUCAUCAACUGUGAAGGCCUCAGGGGAGCCCGAGUCAGAGGGAGGAAAGCUCAACAAGACCCAACAGCUAAAAAAAGUCUUUAAGGAGUAUGGGGCUGUGGGAGUUUCCUUUCACAUCGGGAUGUCCCUCAUGUCCCUGGGAAUGUUCUACCUCCUUGUAUCUAGUGGGAUCGAUAUGGCGGCCCUGCUGUGCAAAGUGGGCUUCAGCGAGGACAUUGUUCAGUCUAAAAUGGCAGCAGGGACCAGCACGUUCGUCUUGGCGUACGCCAUCCAUAAACUCUUCGCUCCGGUUCGCAUCAGCAUCACUCUUGUGUCUGUGCCUCUCAUCGUUCGCUACUUCAGGAAGACUGGACUCUUUAAACCGCCGACACCUGCACCCUGAUGACCCCUCUCUACUCCUCUGCUGCCUCAUUAAGCAACAAACAUCCUGACUGUUAAUGAUUGUAAUUAAAAUGCCUGUAUAUAUCCUUUACUCAUUUGCAUUCAACUAGAAACCUCUCCUCUCAGUUGUGAAUUCAGGUGAAACAUCUCUGAUCUUGCACCUACAUGAGUUCCAGUUGUAACAAUCAAAUGUGUUGAAUUGUUUUACUGUAGGAUAAAAAAAAAAAGAAGUGUGACAGCUCUCUAAACACAAGUGUAUUUGGGGUCAUAUCUUAAUACAUGUGCAUUCCAAAAACCUGAAUUAAAGGCUGGAAAAGCUCAAAUAUUUAUUUACAAUCAGAGGUAUGAUCAGGGAUUUUAAGUUUGAGUCCUAAGCUAUUUUAGUAAGCAGGUUUGUCUCAAUGCUGUGAAGGUUUCCCAUGGGGACGAGUGGAAAAAGCUGAGAUCUCCACUGUUCCCUAUAAGCUGACUAGGCUAUAUUCUGGUGUUGUGUGAAUCAGCAGAAUAAUUCAGGUUGUCUCUGUCUCCUACCUCUCUCCUUUUCUCUCUCUUUACUUGACUUAUUCUCUUUCACACUCUCUCUUUAUUUUCUUCUGUUUUGCCUCUACCAAUUUCUCUUCCCAGUGUCUCUCCUGGUAUCUAUUUUCUUCUACCCUCUUCUUGCUCUUCCUCUCCUCCCCUUUUUUCUCCUUUCUUUCCUCCUUCCUCUCCUAUAAUUUUCCAAAUGUCACUGCCCAAGCUGUAAUUGCUUGUACAUUAAUCUUUGAGUGAAGCUGAUUGUAGUUUAUUGCAAAGCUUUGGAUGAAGAAUAUUGGUCAGAGUUUGUUUUGUGUUUUUUUCCUGAUUGAAUGGAACUGUAUUUAACUAUUAAAAAGGGGCAUUCUCUUUUA